GAUAAUACCUUACGUAUUACUCGCUGCUAGAAGUCAGUUUCAGCCAUUUUGGAAAAUGUUAAGUUAAAUAUAAAAUGUGUAUGUACGGUUUUCAAUAAAAUUUUCAUUUUGAAGGCAUACUAAAUGGGUGAUGAAAAAGAGUAUUAUUAGACGUGGUCCAAGCUCUAAAGUGGUGUUAUCCCACACGCCACACUCGGUUUUGACUUGUUAUUAGAUAUAGUUAAGAUCAUCGCUAGACGUAGCUAGCGUAUCACCCAACGGGGAACAAGUUUGCUUAACAAUAUCACAUUAUGUCAGGCGCCAUGCGCACUACACUCCAGACUGUACCCGAAAGCAUUCCUGCUGAUCAUGUGACUGGAGCGAAAAUUCGGGCUGCCACCGGUACCAAGAAUUGUGAGACCAAUAUGAAUUCCGAUUUGAAUCGAGAUCAUUUUGGACGAAAGUCAUUUCGUAUUGUACCAAAGAAAUUAGCAACAUUCACCGCACCGGAUCUUCCACCGGAAACAAUUCAUCAAGAUGAAGAACCUAACGAUGUUACAACUACAUCAACUUAUCAAACACGAUUAGCUCAAUUUGAGCGACAAUUAGUUCUGAUGCAACAGAAAAAGAAUGAAAAUGCAAUUAAUAAUAACGUAUCAAAAAUUCCUAUACCACCUGCACGAAAUCCACAACCUACUCCUCAAAGUGAUUUUGAGAAAUUGAAGCACGAAAGAUUGAAUAAAAACGGCUGGGACAAGCAAAAAGUUGAUGUGAUGUUAAAACCAAAUUUUGUGCAAUUAAAAUCAAUCCUAGAUCCUCCAUCAAUAAAUUUACCUCCUCCCACUCCAGUCAAUAACAUUGAUGCAGUGGAUGCAAGUGCGAAACAUAAUUCAGCCUUGGCACUAUCACAAUUGGAACAACAAAUAAUCAAAAUUGAAGCGAACAUGAAAAACGAUUUACUCGCACCUCCUUCGCCGCAACAAACAGUGAAAAUAAAUCGAUAUGGAGAACUUGAAAACCUGUUAAAACCAGGAAUUAGUACGGAAGUAACCCCGUCUCCAUAUUUACGUAAUGAUUCUCAAGAGUUGGGUGAAUUUCAUCGAGGGGAGACUACACGAAAUAGUACAGGAAAUGCAACAACAGUUGUACGUAAUCGUCCACCAACAGGUGUUACAAUUAGUCGUGCGGCAUCGGAUGCUCAAGAUAAGCCAAUUUUAAAACCAAGAUUUAAUGUGCCUAAAACUGCUCAUCAUAAAUAUUCAAUUGAGACAAGCGGCGAUUCAACACCAUCUGGUGGACGAAUGAGUUCACGAUCUCGAACAUCAGAUGAACCACAUAUAGGAAAAUAUAAACUAUUAAAAACAAUUGGUAAAGGUAACUUUGCCAAAGUAAAAUUAGCAAAACAUGUACCAACUGGCAAAGAAGUUGCAAUAAAAAUCAUAGAUAAAACACAAUUAAAUCCAGGAUCAUUACAAAAAUUAUUUCGUGAAGUUCGUAUUAUGAAAAUGUUGGAUCAUCCGAACAUUGUUAAAUUAUUUCAAGUGAUCGAAACGGAAAAAACAUUAUAUUUAGUGAUGGAAUAUGCGAGCGGUGGUGAAGUCUUUGAUUAUUUAGUGUUACAUGGUCGAAUGAAAGAGAAAGAAGCACGUGCCAAGUUUAGACAAAUUGUGUCCGCUGUACAAUAUUGCCAUCAGAAAAAAAUUAUACAUAGAGAUUUAAAAGCCGAAAAUUUAUUAUUGGAUAGUGAAAUGAAUAUUAAAAUAGCUGAUUUUGGUUUUUCAAAUGAAUUCACGCCGGGAAGUAAGUUAGAUACAUUUUGUGGGAGUCCGCCUUAUGCUGCACCUGAAUUGUUUCAAGGAAAAAAAUACGAUGGUCCUGAAGUAGACGUAUGGUCAUUGGGUGUAAUAUUAUAUACAUUAGUUUCUGGUUCAUUACCAUUUGAUGGUUCCACAUUACGUGAAUUAAGGGAGAGAGUAUUACGUGGAAAAUAUCGGAUCCCAUUCUAUAUGUCAACAGACUGUGAGAAUUUAUUAAAAAAAUUUUUAGUAUUAAAUCCAUAUAAACGGGCAUCAUUAGAAACAAUUAUGAAAGACAGAUGGAUGAAUAUGGGUUAUGACGAGGAACUAAAACCGUAUAUUGAACCUGAAAGUGAUCUUGCAGAUCAUAAACGAAUCGGUAGGUAUGAGGCACUAGUUUGUUUGGGUUAUAAUAGGAGUGAUAUUGAAGCGUCAUUAGAUUCAGCCAAAUACGACGAUGUAUUUGCAACGUAUUUACUGCUGGGUCGAAAAAGUACUGAUCCGGAAAGUGAUGGAUCAAGAAGUGGAUCAAGUUUAUCAUUACGGUAUACAGCUGCUGGUGGUGCUGGACAAACAGGUAUGCCAAAUGCGACCUCAACCGUCCAAUCCCCAAGUCACAGAGGCGUACAACGGUCGACGUCUGCAAGUAAUGCCAAGCCUAGUCGUCGGGCAUCCAGUGGUGGUGAAACUUUACGUGGAACACCGACAAAUAAUAAUUCAACAUCGGGUACUCAAACGAAUGCUGUGCCACAAACAGUGUCUGGUUUUAAACGACAAAAUACAGUUGAUAGUGCCACGAUUAAAGAAAAUACUCAAAGAAUGCAAGCAACAAGACCUGCCAGUGCCACGCCGAAAAUUAGUGCAGGAAAUAUAGAUUCAAGUUUAUCGAGUCCUGUGAAACCUCGAACAACAACAACAACGACAACCCCUGGUAAACCAGCAACGGGAGGCACAAAUAAAACGCUUACAAGUGGUGGAAGUGUAGGACGACGAUCUACAAUUAGUUACGAUUCAAAAGCAGCUUCCAACGAAAAAACGAAUUUAGCAGUGGGUGAUAAUACGAGUACAACUGCCAGUGAUUCUCUGCGACCUGCUAAAGGACACGUCAAAUCCGCGUCUAUCAGUGCCGCUACAAAUCCAGACCCAAAUGUAGAUCCAUUAAGACAAAGUUCUGUGGUAAAUAGGGCCGCAAUAUCACCAGUGGUAAAUAGUACAAGGCAGCCUCCAUUCCCACGGAAUGUACCAUCAAGGAGUACUUUUCACUCUGGUCAAACUCGAGCGCGAAAUAAUACAAUGGGUGGUCCAGGCGGUGGUGGAAUGUAUGGUGGCCAUGGAAUGGCUGGUGGUGAUUCACCACAUUCAACACGACCUACGUCAUUUUUUUCGAAAAUUAGUUCACGUUUUAGUAAAAGGGCUUUGGAGCCCGGCCAAGUUGGCAAACAUGGACAGUCACCACUUCCAGUUGUUGGAACUCAGGGUAAUGAUGAACACGUAAAACCACGAGCAUUACGGUUUACUUGGUCAAUGAAAACUACAUCCAGUAGGGACCCAUCUGAAAUAAUGGCCGAAAUUAGAAAGGUGCUAGACGCCAAUAAAUGCGAUUAUGAACAAAGGGAGCGAUUUCUUUUACUUUGUGUUCACGGCGAUCCCAAUACGGAUAGUUUGGUUCAAUGGGAAAUUGAGGUGUGUAAAUUGCCUCGAUUAUCACUUAAUGGUGUCCGAUUCAAACGUAUUUCAGGAACAAGUAUUGGUUUCAAAAAUAUUGCUAGUAAAAUAGCAAAUGAAUUAAAACUGUGACUCCCCGUUGGUGAACCGACUUCAUCGCCAGAUUAAACUUCUCAUUUACAUAUUAAAAAGAAAACAAUAUAAACAUGUAAGCAGCAGCAACACGCUUUGCGAUGGCCAAUUUUAAAAUGGUAUAAAUAUUUUAAAAAAAUAAAAAAAACUCUUUAUUUCAACUCGAAUUUUCUUGCAUUACGAAUACAAACAAAAAAAAAACAACAAGCAAAAAAAAAAACCGUCACACAAAACGUUGCUGUGAUACAAACCAUCGCAUUAUUUAACAAACAAAUAAAAAAAACAUAAAAAAAUGAUCUGUGCUCCUUCUCUUUUUCUAAGUAUAAUUAUUACGGACUGCAUAAAAUAUUUUUCGAUAUAAUU